UAUUAUUCCUCUUGGAAAACUUACCAAUUAUUUGCAUUAAACGAUUUUUGAUUCAUUAUCAUGGAACCUUUAAUUCCAGUCAUCAAUAAACUACAGGAUGUAUUUAAUACAAUUGGAUCAGAUCUGAUAAUGCUUCCUCAAAUUGUUGUUGUUGGCGCACAAAGUUCAGGGAAAAGUUCUGUUUUAGAGUGCAUUGUUGGUAAAGAUUUUUUGCCGAGAGGGGUAGGCAUUAUAACUAGAAGACCUAUUAUUUUGCAAUUAAUACAUGUUUCUAAAGAUGAUUAUAAAGAGGUCAAAAAUUCUAAUGGGAAAGCAGAUAAUAAUCAUGAAAUAACGGAAUGGGCAAAAUUUUUGCAUACCAAAGAUAAAAUAUUUACAGAUUUUGAUGAAGUUAAGUUAGAAAUUGAAAGAGAAACAGAAAAAUUAACUGGAAAUAACAAAGGUGUAAGUGAUGAACCCAUUACUGUGAAAGUGUUUUCUCCCAAAGUCCUAAACCUAACAUUGGUUGAUUUACCAGGGCUUACUAAAGUUCCAGUAGGUGACCAGCCUUUAGAUAUAGAACUUCAGAUAAGAGAAAUGGUAUUACGAUAUAUAUCUAAUCCAAAUAGUAUAAUCCUUGCAGUAACACCAGCAAACACAGAUAUAGCAACAUCUGAAGCUUUGAAGUUGGCCAGAGAAGUUGAUGAAGAUGGGCGCAGGACAUUAGCUGUCAUCACAAAAUUAGAUUUGAUGGAUGCAGGGACUGAUGCUAUGGAUGUAUUAUGUGGAAGAGUUAUUCCAGUCAAGUUGGGAAUUAUUGGUGUAGUUAAUCGAUCUCAACAAGAUAUUAACAAUAGAAAGACUAUUGAAGAAACCCUUAAAGAUGAAACAUUAUUUCUAUAUAAAAAAUAUCAUACAUUGGCCUCUCGUAAUGGAACAUCAUUCUUGACCAAAAUCUUGAAUAGGUUGUUGAUGCGUCACAUUAGAGAAUGUUUGCCAGAUUUGAAAACCAGGGUUAAUAUAUUAUCUUCUCAGUUCCAACAGUUACUCAAUACAUUUGGAGAGAACAUAGACGAUAAAGGUCAAACUCUCCUGCAUAUAGUGACUAAAUUUGCUUCCGGAUAUUGCGCCACAAUCGAAGGAACUGCCAAAAAUAUUGAAACCACCGAAUUAUGUGGGGGAGCCAGAAUAUGUUAUAUAUUUCAUGAAACGUUUGGAAAAGCUCUUGAGUCCGUAGACCCUUUAGUUGGCCUAUCAACGAUCGAUAUUUUGACGGCCAUCCGAAAUGCUACGGGCCCUCGACCCGCUUUAUUCGUACCAGAAGUAUCCUUCGAACUUUUAGUCAAGAGACAGAUUCGCCGGCUCGAAGAACCUAGCUUGAGAUGCGUUGAGCUGGUUCAUGAAGAGAUGCAAAGAAUUAUCCAACAUUGCGGAACUCACCAAGAAAUGAUUAGAUUUCCCUCUCUUCAUGGUAGAAUCGUAACGGUAGUCACCGAAUUGUUAAAAGCACGAAUACAACCCACAAACUCAAUGGUACAAAAUUUAGUGGGCAUCGAAUUGGCCUACAUUAAUACCAAACACCCCGACUUCACCGAAGCCAUUUUAUUCAACUCUAUCCUACAACAACAACAACAAAUGAAUUUACAACCCCAACCCAAUGUUGAACCCGCCCCUUACCUGUUACAAGAUAUUAAUAGUGGAAACUUAUCCGACCUUAGAACCGUCAACAAUUAUAGCAACGAUCUCGAGGCCUACAAUAUGAAUAGCAAUAUAAUGUCCGGAGAUAAUAACAAUCCUAAUCAAAGAAGUAAUAGUAGUAUAUUUUAUUACAACGCCACAGAGCAGUCCCUGCUCAGACCCAGUACUGGAGCGAGUAGCAUUAACAAGGCUGCAGGCGGCAAACGGCAACUUCAGAUGCCUCCUCAAAAUCAGGCUCUUACAUAUUCCGAGUACAUUGUUAACAAGUAUCUGUGGCCAUUUGUGUAUAUGGGGUUGACCCGAAAGAAAUUCAGGCGAAAUCAAAAAAAUUCUGCGCCAUUCACAUUCAAUAGGAAUGGGAGGAAUAACGAUGACGAUGAUUUUGAAGAUAUCAGUAAAUGGGAAUCGUUUCGCAGAUCGAACUCAUACAAAUAUGAGAGGGCAAUGCAAAAGAAAUCGUUCGAGCAUCCUAAAAAACAACAAAACGUAAAUUUAAUAUCAACAACUAAUAACGACAAAAUGAAUCCGAAUAAUCUCGAAUCUAUCCCCACCGGCCAGGAGGUGAAAGCAAACAAUGCCGGCUGGAGAUUGUCGAGUUGGAUGAAGAAAGAUGUUUCGACAUCGCUUCAAUCCGAGCCAACUACCCUGGAAAGCGGGACUAUUCAUAAAUCACAAGAACCGACUCGCCCUAACACUAUGGAUUACUUUAGCACACUAGCCGAGAAUUCUCAAAUUUUGGGUAGAAAAUUGUCUCCCAGAGAACAGCGUGAUUGCGAGAUUAUUGAACGUUUGAUAAAAGUUUAUUUCUUGAUUGUCAGGAAAAAUAUUCAAGAUACCGUACCCAAAGCAAUAAUGCAUUUUCUCGUAAAUUUCGUUAAAGACAAUCUACAGAGCCAACUAGUUAGCAAAUUGUAUAAAAAUUGCGAGUAUGAAAUUCUCUUAGAAGAAUCGGAUCACAUUGCUCAACGAAGAAAAGAAGCUGCCGAUAUGCUUGAGGCAUUGCAAAGGGCCAAUCAAAUUAUCAGUGAAAUUCGCGAAACUCAAAUGUGAUAUAUAAAAGAAAAAUACCAUGAUCACAAAUAAAUUAAUUUCGCGAUUGUAUUUUAUUUAUUAGACGAAAAUUGUCACAAAAAUGUUUAGUUAAUGUUAUGCUUUUAAUAACUUGUUAUAAUAUUUAAAAUCUUUAAAAGGCAUUAUGCAAGAUUAGAAAUAAUUAUUGUAAUAUAUUAUUUAUAACCCAUUAAGCAUGAUUAUUACUUAUUAGUGAAUAUUGAAUAAUGAAUUAUUUUUAUAUUGAAAAAUUGAAUUGUUAAUCAGCGUAAAAAUUGUUUAAA